UCAAUGACAGGCACGUGCAUUGAACCCGAGGCAUCGCAUUAACCAUAUAUUUGAUAAACGGCAUCCAUUCCUUGCCGCUGUCCGGGCCAGGUUUUGUUACAGCGCCGCCACUUGCCGUAGCACUUGGAUUGGCUGAAGGAGCAAGGUAGCCCGCAGAGACGGCUCCUUCCCCUGGUCCAGCCCCGUCAGUGGAGCGCGAGGCGCGGCGCACGCACACACGGCUUCACACACACUCAGCCUGCACGCGUGAAAGGUGCGACAGAGAGGGACUCACCGGAGGAGGACUUGGGACUAAUCGGAGCAUGAAUUUGCCAUCAAGACUUCGAUCCACAUCUGCAGACAAAAGUAAACCUUUCAGAGGAAAAGCAAACGGAGCCAGAUUUUAGCGCAACAUCCUUCCUGACGGAGGGCGAUGCACCCGCCUCUUGUUCCAUAAACUGUCACAGUUUUGUAUGAUUGCAAAAAAAAAAAAAAAAUCUCACUGCGUUGGAUAUAUUUUCUGCAAAGCCAGUUUUUGCGCUCGGGUGUGCUUUUUUUUUUAUUUAAAGGGGUGAAAUUUUCGCCUGCUGCGCACGACAACGAACGACAUUAGUGCGUGUUUUGAGUUCAAUUUCUCAGUGACUCGGACUUGCCUCAGAGCGGAGUUUGACUCCUAAUCAUGGGGUACGGUGCUCAAACUGAUAAAGAAAGAGGAAGCGUGCAGAGAUCCUGUCUUGAGAUGCUGACCGUGUCCUGGUUUUUGCUUUUUCUCCUGGUGGAUAUCGGAGUGGCUCAAGUUGACGAUGACUUCAUUGGUCUUGGUGAUCUGCCGGAAACCUUCCCUUCAGACCCUCCUGAGCCGCUGCCGGUUUUUUUGAUGGAACCGGAGGAGGCUUACAUAGUCAAGAACAAGCCGGUCAACCUGUACUGCAAGGCCACUCCGGCCACCCAGAUCUACUUCAAGUGCAACAGCGAGUGGGUUCACCAGAAGGAGCACACUGUGGAGGAACGGGUUGACGAGAACUCUGGCCUGGUCGUGAGAGAGGCCAGCAUAGAGAUCACUCGGCAGCAGGUGGAGGAACUGUUUGGACCGGAGGACUUCUGGUGUCAGUGUGUGGCCUGGAGCUCCGCAGGGACCACCAAGAGCCGCAAAGCCCAUGUCCGCAUUGCCUAUCUGAGGAAGACGUUUGACCAGGAACCUCUUGGGAAAGAAGUGUCACUCGAACAGGAAGUGUUGCUCCAGUGUCGCCCACCUGAAGGUAUCCCAGCUGCUGAGGUGGAGUGGCUAAAGAAUGAGGAGGUCAUUGAUCCAGCAGAUGACAGGAACUUCUACAUCACCAUCGACCAUAACCUGAUCAUCAAACAGGCCCGCCUCUCUGACACGGCCAACUACACCUGUGUGGCUAAAAACAUUGUGGCCAAGAGACGCAGCACAACUGCCACGGUUAUCGUCUAUGUGAAUGGUGGAUGGUCAACAUGGACGGAGUGGUCAGUGUGUAACAGCCGCUGUGGCCGUGGAUACCAGAAACGCACACGCAGCUGCACUAACCCUGCUCCGCUCAACGGUGGCGCCAUCUGUGAAGGGCAAGGCAUCCAGAAGCUGCCGUGUAAUCCCCUCUGCCCAGUGGAUGGCCUGUGGACAGAGUGGAGUAAGUGGUCUACCUGUGGGACAGAGUGCACCCACUGGAGGAGGAGAGAAUGCAGCGCUCCAGCACCCAAAAACGGGGGAAAGGACUGUGAGGGCAUGGUUCUCCAGUCCAAGAACUGCACCGAUGGGCUGUGCAUGCAGAGUUCCUUAUAUCAGAAGUCCUCUGAGGCAAAAGACAAGAGUGAUUUUGGAAAUUCAUUGGCCCCCAGUACAGAUGAUGUAGCUCUGUAUGUGGGCAUCGUCAUAGCGGUGAUCAUGUGCCUGGUUAUCUCCGUCGUCGUGGCGCUCUUCAUCUACAGGAAGAACCACCGCGACUUCGACUCCGACAUCAUUGAUACCUCCGCCCUCAAUGGAGGCUUCCAGCCAGUCAGCAUCAAAACUGCCCGCAAAGCUGAUCUCCUGACAGCACCCCCUGACCUGACAUCAGCAGCCGCCAUGUACCGCGGCCCAGUCUACGCCCUCCAUGAUGUGGCUGACAAAAUCCCCAUGACUAAUUCCCCUCUGCUGGACCCUCUUCCCAACCUGAAGAUUAAGGUGUACAACUCCUCAGGUUUAGUGACUCCACAGGAUGACCUCGGAGGGGAAUUUUCUUCUAAACUGUCACCUAAGCUGCCGCACUGCCUCCUGGACAACAGCGACAGCACGAUGGGCCGUCGCACACAGACCCAGACUCUGCUCCGCACCAGGGAUCCAUCCUGUACUGCAGUGGGCUCCUUCAGCUCCCAGGGGGGACAUCUCAUUGUGCCUAAUUCAGGGGUGAGUCUGCUUAUUCCAGCCGGAGCCAUUCCUCAGGGCAGAGUGUACGAGAUGUAUGUGACGGUUCAGAGGAAGGACAACAUGAGGCCUUUGGUGGAAGAUGGCCAAACGGUGCUGGGCCCUGUGGUGAGCUGCGGACCCCCCGGGGCCUUGUUGACUCGGCCUGUCAUCAUCACCAUGCACCACUGUGCCGUGUGUGACGGCCAACAGGAUUGGCUGAUCCAGCUCAAGAGCCUUUCGCAGCAGAGCCAGUGGGAGGAUGUGGUGGUGGUAGGAGAGGAAAAUUUCACCACACCGUGCUAUAUCCAAAUGGAUGACGAAGCCUGCCACAUCCUGACGGAGACGCUGGGUACCUACUGCCUCGUGGGCCAAUCUCUGAGCGCUGCAACCACCAAGCGCCUCAAACUAGCCAUUUUCGGCCCUGUCACCUGCCCUGCCAUGGAGUAUCACAUCAGAGUCUACUGCCUGGACGAUACACAGGAUGCACUCAAGGAAGUCCUACAGAUGGAGAAGCAAAUGGGUGGGAAGUUGUUGGAUGAACCAAAGACUCUCAACUUUAAAGACAGCACCCACAACCUGAGACUUUCCAUCCACGAUGUCCCUCAUACUUUGUGGAAGAGCAAACUUCUAGCAAAGUACCAGGAGCUUUCCUUUCAGCAAGUGUGGAGUGGUUCGCAGAGGAACCUCCACUGCUGCUUUACCCUGGAGCGCUUCUCUGCCAGCACUGUGGACCUGGCCUGUAAGAUAUGUGUUCGCCAAGUGGAGGGAGAAGGGCAGAUUUUUCAGCUGGACACUACACUGUCAGAGGAUUCCCAGAGUAUUGACACGUCUCUGCUGGACCCCGCCAGUAACAUCACCACACUGGUGGGGCCCAAUGCUUUCCGCAUCCCCGUCUCCAUCCGACAGAAGUUGUGUGGCAGUCUGGAUGCACCGCAGACCAGGGGAAAUGACUGGAGGAUGCUGGCCCACAAACUUAACCUUGACAGGUAUCUUAACUACUUCGCCACUAAAUCCAGUCCUACGGGAGUGAUCCUGGACUUGUGGGAGGCCCAGCAUUUUCCUGACGGCAACCUCAGCCGCCUGGCCCAGGUGCUGGAGGAGAUGGGACGACAUGAUAGCCUUGUUCCUGCAGCGAACGAACACUGACACCUGCCCACCGAGGAGUGCGUCAUUCCAGGGAAGAAGAAGAAGAAGAAGAAGAAUAUGAAGAAAAAGAAGUACAAAACUAAAAUAAAAGAGAGGGACGCCCCAAAAGCAGGAGAGUCAUUUGGCGCCCCACUGAUAAAUGCACGUACACAUUCAAAGAUAACUGCGUGUGCGCGCAGUCUGAAGACGAUAGAAACAGCUAGGUCUGCUCAGCCAUGAUCCAGUUAAACAUUUGGCAACAAAGGGUGUAAAAACUUGGAGGAUAAACAAGAAUCUCUGCCAGUCAUUUUUCCCUGGCUGCUCCACUCUCUCUCUCACUCUCCCUCUGGUACAACAAGAAGAUAUUUUUGGCUCUAUAGUUUCCUUGGAAACAGCUGUCCGGUUAUUUGGAUGGACUGUGUGGAUAUGAGGGGGUUGCCCUUCCUAUAGACAGCAGUGUGAGCAGUUGAGACACUACCAGAGGUCAAAGGAGAAAGGCUUGGGUCAGAGAAAACAUCUCACUCUCCAAAAUCAGUCUCCAUAGCGAAUCCAUGGACGAGUGUGUGCUCUGUGAUAACAUAGUAUUUAAUAUUAUGCCUAUUUAUACAUAUCUUUUGUUUUUUCUUCUUUUUAUGCUGCCUGUUAUUGAACACUUGGCAGUUUUCUCACGUUUUUGCUUCUUCUUUCAUUAUGUUUGACUGUAUCAUAGCAUCUCCUGGUGGACAUUUGCAGUAACGACUCAUCCUGUCAGCCAAGUUUUAUGUGUACAGAAGGAAAUCAAUGAUGUAAUCAUUUUGCAGUUUUAGUGUUGCUGUCGUUAACUACUAUUAAUACUUUUUAUUCAUGUUACUUAUUGGUUUUCAGUUAUGUGUGCUUGUUUAACAUUAUUAAGUCUUAAAAAUAUUUUUGAUAAUUUGCAUUGCUUUUCAUUUCUUUUUAUUCUUUUUGGUCUGUUGUUUUGCAUGUUUUUUACCAGGUCAUUUGGCUAAUUACAUGAGACUAUUGCUCCUUAAGAGGGCGAUCAAGACAAUUUCCCCAAAGCAGAUGAAGUUCAUGAGUGAUGCUGAUGAUCUGAACGUUGUUCAAGAUGAUAUUGUCUACAUUAAAGAGACCAGGCAGAGAGGAGAGGUAGAUAGAAAAGGGAAUCAAAUAAGUAUAUUUUUAUAGUACCACUGUAACUGAAUAAAACUGCUUUGUACCAAAUUAUUGACAUACAGUGUAUGGAGGUUAAAUUUAAUACAGAAGGUGGUCAUCUAAAUAUCAAAUGUCAUAAUUGUCAUUUCUUGUGUUCGGAGGUGAAUGACGUUCGUCUGAGGUUUUGGAGGAGAGCAGAGAUUUUAACUUAGACUUCUGCGGUUGUACAUUAAUGACAGAAGCCAUCAAUGUUGCGAUGACACUGACUCUGUGCGUAAAAAAAAAUUAGUGAUAGUUGUAAAUGCAACAUUCCUUUGAUGCAGCAGUACUUGUGACUGUUCAAGUGUUCUUGGUUGGUUCUUGAUUUUUUCUUUCUUUCUUUCUUUCUUUUUUAAUGGCAGUUGUCCCAGUUUUUCGUAAAGCCGUCUAUGCAACUUUUGCAUCUUUCUGAAACAAUCUUUACAUUCUCAGUGGGCUAGCCUUUGCAUUCCCUAGUUGUUCUCCAGCUUCAUGAUUAUUAUUGUGUAUAGUGAGAAUGUAGUCUGUCUGUUUCUGGCACUCAACUGCUUGCAUUUCAUCUGUCAAACUUAUUGUACAAAGUGUAAGAAAGAAUUUUUAAGACUAAUAAUAAAUUAUAUUUAUAUGCAACAUUGAACAUGGAGCACGAG